GUGGAGCCGCCCUCCCCCGCCCCCGUCCCCCGUGCCGGGGCCGCCCCCGCCCGUCAUCGCUGCGCGCCGGCGGGCGGCUCGGUGCGGCGGGAUGGCGGCGGGCGGCGGCGCGGAGCGGUACUUUACACGCUGGUACAAGCCAGACGUGAAGGGGCGGCCGUGCGAGGACUUCUGCGUGCUGCAGCACUCCAACAGAAUCUGUGUCAUCACCUUGGCAGAAGCCCAUCCUCUUCUUCAAAGUGGAAAAACAAUUAAAAGUGUUAACUACCAAAUCAGUGCCAACUGUAGCAGACUCCAGAAUAAGGUCUCUGGGAAGUCAAAAAGGGGAGCUCAGUUUUUAACAGAACUUGCCCCUCUGUGCAGGAUAUCUUCCUCAGAUGGAGAGGAAUACACAGUUUACAGUUGUAUAAGAGGGCGGUUGAUCGAAGUGAAUGAAAACAUUCUUAGCAAUCCUGCUAUUCUGCAAGAAAAGCCAUCAACCGAGGGAUACAUUGCAGUGGUUCUACCCAAAUUUGAAGAAAGCAAGAAUGUAACUCAAGGACUUCUGACACAGAAGGAGUACGGGGAGGUUUUGUUGAAACGUCUUAAUUCUUCUUCAUGAAAUUAAUUACACACUUAUCAUCUGUAUUUGAUACUAAAUCAGCUACUUUUAUUAUAUACUGUAAUUUCCAUGGUAUUGGAAGGCCUAGUGCCCGUUUUUAAAACUGGAAAUUAAAUGCUUGAUUCAUACAAGAAUAAACCAGUUCCGAUAAGUUUGUAUAUUAAAA